CGUGCCCGAGCCCCGCUCGCCGUUGCGGAGCCGGAGGAGCCAGGACGGAGCCGCGGAGCCGGGACGGGGCCGGGACGGAGGCAGCGCCGGAGCCGGCGGCGGGCGGGGUGAAUUGCAGAAAGUGACUCCCAGAGCAUCUUGGCUGUAUGAACUCUUGAGCUGUCAAGGGACUGAGAGGCUUAUGAAGAGGUUCUGUCAGGCAAAACAGUGCUUAGCCAAGACACCAAGGAGGAGGGAAAAGGAGAAAGGGAGGGAGAGAGAGCUGAAACACUAACAAACCAUGAGAUCUAUCCGAUCUUUUGCUAAUGAUGACCGCCAUGUAAUGGUGAAACAUUCAACCAUUUAUCCAUCUCCAGAGGAACUUGAAGCUGUCCAGAACAUGGUAUCAACAGUAGAAUGUGCCCUUAAACAUGUCUCUGACUGGAUGGAUGAAAAGAACAAGUCUACAAAAUGUGAGGGUGAUAUGGAAGCAAAGGAGGAAGCUGGAGAAAGCAAUGCCAAGGAUCAAGGUGGUCGGACGUUGUGUGGUGUUAUGAGAAUUGGCUUGGUUGCAAAGGGCUUGCUGAUAAAAGAUGAUAUGGAUCUGGAGCUGGUUCUCAUGUGCAAAGAAAAACCCACAAAGACCUUGUUAUGUAUAGUUAAAGACAAUCUCCCAGCUCAAAUUCAGAAACUUACAGAAGAGAAGUAUCUCGUGGAGGAGCAUGUAAAUGAGGCAGCUAUUGUUAUUCGUAACACAAAGGAGCCCAAGCUAACUUUGAAGGUGAUACUUACAUCCCCUCUCAUUCGAGAUGAAGCAGAGAAGAAGGAAGGAGUAGACAAUGUUGCGAUGAAAGAUCCUCCGGACUUAUUGGACAGGCAGAAAUGCCUGGAGGCCUUGGCGUCUCUGCGGCACGCCAAAUGGUUUCAGGCCAGGGCAAAUGGACUAAAAUCAUGUGUAAUUGUCCUUCGUAUUCUGCGGGAUUUGUGCAACAGAGUCCCCACAUGGGCACCACUGAAAGGAUGGCCACUCGAGCUUAUAUGUGAAAAAUCUAUAGGUACUUGUAAUAGACCUCUGGGCGCUGGGGAAGCAUUGCGACGAGUGAUGGAGUGCUUGGCAUCUGGAAUUCUGCUUCCUGGAGGCCCUGGUCUGCAUGACCCCUGUGAACGGGAGCCAACAGAUGCUCUGUCGUAUAUGACAGUUCAGCAAAAAGAAGCCAUUACGCACAGUGCCCAGCAUGCCCUCAGAUUAUCAGCCUUUGGUCAGAUUUAUAAGGUUUUGGAAAUGGACCCCCUUCCAUCAAAUAAGUCCUUUCAGAAAUAUUCCUGGUCAGUAACUGACAAAGAAGCAAAUCCAUAUUACAAGGAAAUUUAUACCCUAGGUACAGGCUCUUCUGCUCUUAAGAGGCCAUUUGAAGAUAGUGUCGGGGACGAUAAAGAUCCAAAUAAAAAGAUGAAGCGUAAUCUGAGGAAAAUACUAGAUAGUAAAGCAAUAGAUCUCAUGAAUGCUCUGAUGAGGCUGAACCAAAUCAGGCCAGGGCUUCAGUAUAAGCUGCUGUCACAGUCUGGUCCAGUCCAUGCCCCAGUCUUCACAAUGUCUGUAGAUGUUGAUGGUACAACAUACGAAGCAUCAGGACCUUCUAAGAAAACAGCCAAGCUCCAUGUGGCAGUGAAGGUUUUACAAGCGAUGGGGUAUCCAACUGGUUUCGAUGCAGAUGUGGAGUGUAUGAGUUCUGAUGAAAAAUCAGAUACUGAAGGUAAAACUGAAACGUCGUCUUCAAUCUCAAGCAAUAAUACUGGAAAUUCCACAGCCGACACCUCCGCUACCCUAGAGGUAAGAACUCAGGGUCCUAUACUCACAGCAAGUGGCAAAAACCCGGUGAUGGAGCUCAAUGAAAAAAGAAGAGGUCUGAAGUACGAGCUCAUCUCCGAGACAGGUGGAAGCCAUGACAAGCGCUUUGUGAUGGAGGUAGAAGUAGAUGGGCAGAAGUUCAGAGGCGCGGGCCCAAAUAAGAAAGUAGCAAAAGCGAGUGCUGCAUUAGCAGCACUUGAAAAACUCUUUUCUGGGCCUAAUGCAGCAAACAACAAGAAAAAGAAGAUUAUUCCUCAGACUAAAGGGGUUGUCAAUACAGCUGUUUCUGCAGCAGUCCAGGCUGUUCGAGGCAGAGGACGAGGUGCUUUAACACGAGGAGCAUUUGUUGGAGCAGCUGCUGCUACUGGCUACAUAACACCAGGCUACGGAGCACCGUAUGGGUACAGUACAGCCGCACCAGCUUACGCCAUAUGCACUUGUAUAAAAUAAGCAGAAAUGUAGUGACUGUAAGCUGAGAUCGUGAUAUAAAGGUAAGAGAUUUUAUUUUCAGCUUAAAGAAUAUUUUUAUUGUGUUUUUCCUAAAAAAAUCUCCUAUACCUGUGACAAUCUUGUAUAUGGCACGUGUUUAUUAUGUCUCGUUUAACUAAAUGUUUGAACAGGUAAUACCUAGGUCUGAAUGCCAACUUUGUCUUUUUCAAGGCCACUUCAAAUAUUCCCAUUUCAGUUAGAAAAUAUUACUUAUCACUUUUAAGAAAUUGUAUGGUUUUUAUGAACAGACUGUUCUCCUUCAAGUAUUUUUCUCUUGUGUAGCAUAAAAAGCUGUAUUGAUACUGCUGUGUCAGGCACUGCAUCCCUUGCAUACCUGUGGAAAACACUGGGUAGGUACCAAAGCCACGGCCUGCACUGAAUCCGCCCCCUGGUUAUAGGUAUGUGAAAUGAAAAUGAGAAGCGGCAUGUGUGAUACUAUCUAACUAACAAGGAGAGAAAUUGAUUCCCUAAACUGUUAGAGGUAACCUCCAAGUGAAGAAUGAAAGACUUUGAUGAUAUCGCAGUUAAAAUCUGCAGAGAUCAAAUGACAUUAGGCCAAAUUAAUCCAUGAAGCAGCCAGGUUUGCUUUCCUCCUGUGGGCGCAGUGGGAGGAGAGGAAGGCAGGCGGGCAGUGAUUGCACUCGGCAUGAAUCAUUUGCUGAGCCGUGGUUCUAAAGCUAGAAAUCAGGAUACAGCCAUCCAUAAAUAACUGUGUUCAGUUCUGUAAUAAAUGUUUUAACAAGUAUUUUACUUGGAUUAAGAUGGGUUUGGAUUAUGACCUAUAUGGUGCACACUAUAUGUGUUUUACAGUAGUUUUAAAAUACUAUGUUUUUUAAUUUGCCUUUAUAUAACCUUGUGUUAUGCAAAGUUGCACAGUGCAGUGCUGCACCACUGCAGUACUUGAAGUUGCUGGAAACAACUUUUUUUUAUAUAAAAAUGGUUUAAUAAAAAAGCAAAAGGGAAGGAGUUGGUGAUGUUGCAUUAGCAUUUUAGGGUCUCAGUUCAGAGAUGAAAGCAUAAGAAACACCUGACUGAUCACAGUUUACACUGACAAAACAGGAAAACGCUUGAUACGGAAUAUGUAGUAGUCUAUCAGGCCCAAAGCUUGUUGUUUUGCAUCAAAAUUUAACAGCAAAAAUAAACUGUAUUUCAUUUCAGUAUUGAAACAUCAGAUUCACUAAAUAACUGCAUGCGUAGGUUAUCCAUACCUCAGGGUAUGUCUGGAUAGGUAUGUCUGGAUAGGAUUCAUAGGCUGAUACAGAAAAGUAGCUGUUAAAUAUGGUUAGCUUUGCUGCUGUGGGCAGAAACCUGACCUUGCAGGUGGCCCAUGCAUUGGCACCCAUGGGAGCACAUCACCAUUUGGUUACAUUUGCAGGUGCAAUUGAUGAGCCAUCAGAAUGUCCUUCCUGCUCCGUGGGGCAGGUUUUCAUCUGCUGUUAUCUUUAAGGUGCAAAGCUGGGGCUUGGGCUGAAGCUCACUUAAAAUUCAGUCCAUUCUUCCAGCCUGUCAGCCUAAGCUGUCCUGAUUGUGGAGCAGCAGGCUGCUCCGGCUCCUUCAGCAGACAGGAGUUUAGAUGCGUCAGGGCAACAUUAAGGUGCAUUAUAAUGAACUUCUCUUGAGUAUUCCUUUCCUAGCUUAACUGAUGUCAGUUUGACAAGCACUGUCCAGUUCAAGGACUGAUUAAUAAAAUGUCUUGCUGACUCUUAUUUGAUCUGCUUCUUUGUGGCUUGUACUUGGCAGCAUAAUCCAUUUGUAUUGGUUCCAUCAGAACUGCUUUGACUGUGAAUUUCUGUAUUUUUCUGUCAUUAUCCUUUUAACUCUUACCAUCCCAAGCAUUCCACUCUGCUGCUUUCAAAUUCUCACUUUGUUGUAUCUUCUCUUUUUCACUGAAAAGAUACUAACUUUCGGGUUUUGCAGCCACUUGGAAUCAGUGAUAAGCUCCUAAGGUGCAGGAUUUCCUCGGAACCUGUCUCACUAACAGUGGAACUUGAGCAAAAGAUUCCCCUAUUGAAGUGUCACGGACGCAGGCUCCGUAAGUGCCAAACAGAUUGGCAUGAGAGAGAGCAGUUAAAUUCUGACAGUAGGUUUUAACCUAACUGCAAUAACAGUAUAUUAUCUGAUGAGUAAUUCGGGUAACAUCUGCUUGAUCAAUAUUGCAACAAGCACUGUUUUGCUAAGGCAGAACUAGAACUCCUUUAUUUUGCAUAAUACUUGCAGGUUUCCUUUUUGAAGCCUCCUCACAGGAGCAUGGUCUGAAGUGCCUUUUCUGUGAGAUUAGAGGUCUGGUUUCUGGCUACUAAGCUCUGGAUAUACCCAACAGGCAAAUAUAUAAACCUGGUUCCGUAUGCUUGGUGCAGCUGCUAGUGUCACUGCUAUUUUGAAGCACCUUCUCAGUGAAGCAGAAAUGUUAUUUUAUAGUUUGAAUUUCUGGUUCACGUUAAAGAGUUCUGGAAAAGUUCCUUUCAAUUAGUACAUAUAUAAAUAGGACAGCGGGGAAAGUCUGUGCCUGUACACUGCCCACCUUAACUCUAGUUUUAGCUAACCAGAUGAUAGCAUGUAUUUUGGGAGAUGGUGUCUGGCACUUAAAGGAUGAAAAGAAGCCAGAUACUUACAAUGAAGAAUUGACCUGUUUAAUGUGUUGCCUGUACUGGAGGUGAAUGGCAUUUCCAUUGACUUUGGAAGAACAACUGUGAGUUUCAGUGGUCUGUUUGGUUAACACUGAGGACAGUGAGGUUGUUUACACAACAGGGAGAUGAAAUAGAGCCUGUUCCACUGUUACAAUAGCAUUUGUUUGCCGUUAGCCAUGCUUGCAUAGAAACCCAGAAUCAGGCAGGUACAUGCUUUCCCUUUCUCGCAGUUUGUGUUUCAUGGACCACAUGUGUGGAAAUGUGUGUAGAACCAUGUCUGACAGGGUCUGAAGUGCCCCAGCUGGACAGCAGUUCUCUCAGGCCCAUCUUCCCACCAGAGAAUUUAAUCCCAGUUGAGUUCUUACACAGUUGUAGCACUGGUGUGAGAGCAGCAUUGGUAUUACCCUGCUGUGAGGUCAUAUAUUCUAGAAGCAGUCUUUUCCUUUGUUUUGAAAGCUAGAUAGACGUACUGUUUAGAAAUUAGCACAUGACUUGAGGAGACACCUAGUGCUGUCAUACACAGGAUACACAUCAGCUGGCAGCUGCUCUCCAAAAGUGCACAGCUCUGCAAGGAGUUGGCACCUCCAUUUCACCAGCUGCAGGGUCAAAACUCGAGUUUUAAACAGCAGUCUUUACAGAUGGGAACCCUGAAGUACUGUGUGCUGCUAACCAUACUGCAGCAGUUUCCCCCUGAUGGGUGAGUGUCAUCUUUCCCGACAUGCAACCAUGAAUUUCAAGAAAUAAGGUACUUAAUAAAAUAGGACUUUAAUCUCACUUUGCCCUACGAGAUUUCUCCAGGCACGUUCUAUCUAUGCAAGGUUUUAAGACAACCAGAUUGGUUUGGGGAGCUUGGCUAGCUGAAAGCAUGGUAUGUGAUCCUUCCUGCCAUCAUGCCCUCUCUCUUGCUGUCUUAAGCACACAUUCAGGAGCUGGAACAUGGUGACCCAAUUCCUGGGCAUUAUGCCAGCUGGAUGGAGGAAGGCCAGCCUGUACUCAUGAAGGGAAUGUGUAACAUGCAGCCUCUGUUGCCCAAGCAAAUUCUGUUGGACACAGUGCACAAUCCAACCCUCACAAAGGCAAUUUAGUGCCUGGGUAGGUGGUUCCUAAUCUGUCUAAUUUGCUGUCAUGUAGCCAAUGUGAGCUAAUGAGAUGAUUCAGCAAUUGUCAUGGCUUCCACUUAAUGUGCUGUAAACCUGCUGCUGUGACUUCCACUGCAGCUAAAUACCUCUGCUUCUGUGAAUGCUGUUCUCCUUCCCUGCCUUUCUGAUCACCUUCUAGCACCCCAGUAAAUAACUGACUGUUUCUAGAUUCUUAAAAACCUUUAAUCAAAAGCUUCAGAGAAACAAGUUUUCCUACAAAUACUUCAACUUACUCAUGUGCCAAGGGACUAUUUCUACUCAUUUACAAAGAUCUGUGAAAACUACUCUGGUACCUCUGGAGACUAGGAGUCUUUCUGUCUGAACACUUGCCUUCUGGUAGGAAAAAAAGAUUUAAAGUGUGUCUCACUCAAUAAAGACUACACCCUCUAGCCACUGAAAUAACUUAAUUGGGGAAAAGUGCACAAAUCUAACAUUAUUUGAGGUUUUUUUUCUUUCAUUGAACUAUGGAGAAAAACUUCCCUGACCACAAGUUCCUUUCAGUAUUAGGAAAUAGAAAAUGAAGAGUAGCGUGAAGAUUUUUCACAGGGUCUAGGGGAAAAAACAAUAAAACCUCCUGUUUGCUGGCUGGUGACUCUGGGACAUCAAUCUCCUGGCACUUCUAAAACUCUGAGAUAGCAAUAAAUGUGAGCAGCUUUACUAACAUACCAUCCCUGAUCCAGUCCCAGCAAUGUCCUGAGAGAGUGUCCCUUGCUUCACUUGUAGUUCUGCAUCUGCACUUCUGAGAGCCUGUAGAUCAUCACAGUCUAGAUGUGGGAUUCCUGAACAUCUCUCCAGAACUGUAUAAAUGAACAAUACAGUAUUUCAGUCUUUACUCAGACAUAACUGCAGGUUUCCCUCUGCCUCUUUUGCUUUGUAGGCUAAGAUAGAAUCACUCGGUAUUAGAACUGCUCCCAUUUAGCUAAAUUCUCUGUAGACAGUUGCCCGUUACUUAAUCAAGGGAAAAAUAUGUCCCAGCUUCAGAUGAGUUCCAAGUCACAGAAGCAGCUUACAAAACUGGCUACUAUUUCCGGUGGCUCUGGGAAACAGCACAAGAACUCUGCUGCAAUGGAUUCUUUUGGCUACAUGGUGAGUUCAGAUUGUUGUUCACAGUUGUGAAGCUGACUAAGCCUUCUCUCUGGCAUCAAAAGAAUGAAAAUGAGCUCUCUGCUGGACUCACUGAGGAGUUCUGUUAAGAACAGUUGUACUGUUUUAAAAACCAGUAACUCAGCUAGAAUGCUCAGGACACAGACUCUCUUGGGCUUCCUGCUGAAUAAAUCUACUGAAAAAUAAGAUGCUUUAUUGACUUGUUUAAAGCCAAGCAAAGGGACACUGUAGUUACAUCUGCUAUCUAAGGUUUAUGACAUAGCUCACUGGUUUCAUUCUUCUGUUAUAGCACAUCUGCCUGUUCCUCUAGCCUGGGGUCUUCUAGGAGAUGGUGCUUUUUCUGCUAGGCCUGUCUGACACUGUGUAGGCAAUGCAAUGCCUUACUAAAAGUAUCUGUGUGAGUUAUGUAAGAGAAAAGUUCAUCAUACUGUACAAUUUAAAUUCAGUAAAGUGGUUUUUUCCUCCAGUUCCUGUGGCUCCAUGAACCAUUCAGACCACAUGUUUACCUUCACGUUUAAGAGGAGCUGAAUGUCCCAAAGUGCUGUCUGGAGAUGUGCAGUUCUAAAGCAAAUUUCUUAUUUUGGAUGUUGUUUUAUCUUGUAUUUGGUGCCUUAACUCUCUACAAUCUAUGGUUGUAUAUACUGUGCCACAGGUAGUUUAAUAGUUGCGUGCUUUAAAAGAACCCCUCAAGCCUAGUCUACAGGAACUGUGCAAAGACUGAAGCCUUCUCAGUGGGAGAGUUCUCUGCCACAUUUAAUUAAUAAUCCAUUGAUAAACAAGUUGCAAGAACCACAGAUUGAGGCUAUUUAUCUGAUUUCCAACUUUAAGGGUUUGUGGCAAUAAGAUAAUUAAAGGUGCAGUGUAAGUAAACACCACCAAAAUGUUUUAUAGCAAGCCAGAAGUGCAUGUUUGUGAAACUCUCUGGACUCUUAUCUCUACUAGAACAAAUUACACUAGUACUAAAAGGCAUUAAUUGAAUGCAAUUGUCUUUCAUUCACUGGUACAAGGGAGUUGCAAUGAGUAAGAGUUGCAAUUAGUUUUUAAUUCCAAAACAGCACAUGGAUUUAAGCCUCAUUCCUGCCUCUUACCUGGAUCUAGAAGCUCCAGGUGCCUUACGCUGCUUUGCAGUUCACGAGGUGUAGCGCAGCAUCUGCCUGAACACACGCCUGUGAACACAUCUGGUGCUGGUAGAAUGGACUGAGGCAAGAGAGAGAGAGAAAAGAAAACAAAUUAAGCUAGAAUGCCCUCUCCAGUCUUAAAAGUUGAGCAUCAGAGACAGGAAGUUGGAGGGAAAGUUGCACUGCCUUUUCCAAGUCCAUUAUUAGAGUCUGUGGAAAAAACAGGAGAUUUCUGUCUACUGUGGCAAACCAGCAGCCUCAGUACACUAAAAACAGGGGGUGAUGGUAUUGUUUUUCACUAGUUUAUAAGAAAUUAGACAAGAGCCCUGAGCUAUCUAUAGAGGAGGCUCAGAGCUGCAAGUGAUGUUGCUACAGGCGAUUUUUUUUCUCCUGUUCAGUAAACAAGUCCAGGAUGGAAGCUUUUCCAGAGGAGGAAGAGAAAUCCUGUGAACAACUUCUAUUUCCUGAUGCAGCCCUGUCCAAAGCAGGGAGACUGCUCCAGGCAGUGUAUGUAGCAUGCAACUGAAUUUUGGGAGGGAAAGGAAUAAUAGUAAUUUCCUCUAAAGGAGUACUAGUAACUUAUUUUUUCUACAAUGUCCACAGUAUUCUAGACAACUUGGUUUUACACAGAACAGCACAGCAACAAGGGAAAGCAGAUACUGCUUCCACAACUACUUGUUGUAAUGUACAUACUUCAGGUCACCAAUACUGAUGUAACUAGUUAUGACGAAGAAGGUUCAUCUUUCCAGGAAAGCAUAUUUUGACAUUCUAUCCACUUCUAUUUUUAAGCUAGAGGGGAGUUAAUUCUAGCACUCAUCUGUUUCGAAGGGAGUAGAGCAGAAGGUAAGUUUUAACUUCAUACUUUGAAGCUGCUAUGAAUAAGUUCUUUAACAGUGUUCCAUGGGAACAACCUGAUGUACUUCUUUAUUUUCUUUGUGUUCGUUUCCACAUUCUUAGAAAAGCACAAGCUUGUGUAAGCGUAAUCAAUACAAAGUUACUCAGGGUACUGUGUCAUCUCAGCAGUGGACACGAACUGCAUCUUAAGUCAACAGGCACAUAUAAAUCAAGCUUAAAUUAAGAGGAACAGACCAUCUUGGCAGGUUUUGCUUUACUACUGGCACUGUUACUAUUUAAUGAUCUAUGCAUACGGCAAUAUGUGUAUUGCUGCACUCCCAACAGAACUUGUAGUUCUGUAUGGGCAUCCUGUAAACUCACAAAGUAAAAUGUAGUCAGUGUAGGGGAGAGAGUAUUCUUUCGUUAUUUUCACAGAGAACUGUUUACAAGCAGACAGAAAGUGAUACUGCUCAGAGCAGAAAAAUGGUGGGCUGAAGAACAUUCAGAGCAGUACAGCUGUUGAAAAGUUAGUGAUUCUAACUAUAUUUUCCUUAGUUAUGAAAAUUCUGAUUUGCUGUACAGAUUAUUUCCUGUGUUUUCAAACUAGUAUCACUGCUUCCCUGCUCAAAAUAACAAGAUAAAGACCAGUGUAGCUUUCUAGUAACAUCUAUUGCAUGGAAAUAUACUGGAAGAAAACAAGAGGCUGUACUGCAGAGAGCACAUUCAACUACAGAGCCAUUCUCUGGGCAAUGCUGCAUAAUUCAAGAGUGGGUAAAUCUGCCUUCAGGGACAACACAACACAUAACAGAUGUUACAAAAAAAUCAACACAGAAAAAAGCCUCGAAGCUUUGUCCAGUCAUACAUUUAUUCUUCCCUGAAAAAGGGACAAGUACACUCAUAUGUGCUUAGUGAGUUAUACAUCAGACAUCACAAUGGUCCUUAAGGACACGUUUUAAAGCUAGUCUCCUUUUGGACAGAAAAGGGAGGAAGUUGACUCUGUCUUCCAGUUCCAAAGUGCAGUGUCUUAUUUCUCAUCCUAACCCUAAAUCAAUAUUUAUUGAUCAUAAUGACUAAGCUUUUUAGGUCGAGAAGCUCUCCACAAAGCAAUUCUGUUCUCUCAAGCCUCUGCAGGGGCCAGCAACUGGUGCUUAACUACUACUUCCACUCGAGAAUGUCACCUGUCCUCCAGGUCUCCCAGAGCCAUUCUGGGCCACCUGCACUUCUAAGAGAGCAACGCUGCUGGGGGGGGACUGCCAAAAGCACUGAAACACUACAGCAAAGUCCCAGCAGGCUGUAUGCUCUUAAAGUCCUGUCCAGUUCUUACUGACAAAGUUGAGCAUGAAACCUGUACUGCCAAAUGUACCAGCCCCUUAAUAAGAAGGAAAUCUAUGGGAAGCAGUCUUGGAAGUGGAGAUUUUGAGGAAAGGCUGGUAUUUUCCAGGUCCAACUCAAAUAUUUUUCUUUUUUAAAUGGUUGAGCUUCCACUCACCAAAAAUCACCAUCAGUCAAAUUAAUUAAAACUGUUCCUGCUAAUCUGAGCUAAAACAUUCCUCUCUGUAACCCAAACCACCACCACCCAUCCAUCUAAAGAAUUCUCAAGCAAAGAAUCCUCAGGAGGCAGAGCCCUCCUGAGUCUGCACACUAGGAAGCAGACAAGCAAUGUGGCAGUGCAGUAUAAUGUGACUUUUCUGAUGACAGUUAAUUCUCAAGACAAGGAAAAGACAGAGGCAGUGCUUUGGGGCAGUGUUUCAUGCUCAGCAAGUUUGCGGAGGGAAAGAAUGCAAUUCUAUAAAUCACUUGUACUGUAUUUCUGUUUCUAGACUUGAAUGAAUUUCACUUUUCCUUUGUGGGUCAGUGUAGUAAACGUUAAAGAAAAGGUCUAUUUUUCUAAAUCUCUCUCACCAAUAGGGGUCUGACCUGUAGCCAACAGAUGGAUGUAUUUAUCCACAGAGGACAGAGUGUUUAUUUUUACACUAAGAUUGGAUAUGGCAUUGAAUAAAAAGAAGUACGACCUUUGAACUAUCUAAAUCUUAAAUACUAUGAACAAAUUCCACAAAUGAGUAAUAUGGUGGACAAUUCCAUCUUUCUUCCCAAUAAAUCUCUCUCUCAAAAGAAGUUACCUAGAAUUAAACUUCCAAAUGAAGUACCACAGAUCCCUGUGGUCUCAUUUCAGACUACUUUCAAAAUAUUUUAAGAUUUCUCCCGAUUUUUAAUGUGUAGAGAACAAAAAUGUUUAAACUAUUCCCGACUAUAAAUAAAGCAACUUCAAAUAAAGUAAUUUGGCAACAACUGUGGCUAUUUAUAGCAUCAAAAAUGUAAUCAGAACAUACAAAUUGUCUUAAUUUGGUAGCAGUUGAGUGGGAGGAAAAAUAACUGCACACUGAGUUUUAAAUGGAGCUGUAUCUACCCACUAGCCAAAAAAGCCUGCAAAUGUAAAGUAAAUGGAACGCUCUUUGUACAUGAAGUUGCUUCCUCACGUGAUGCUGUACCCUGUACACUCGGCUUCAUUUGGCUUCUGUGUUGUGGUUUGUAUGCCAGCCACUGUUAUUAACUGUACACAACACUUAGAUCUGCACUGUAAUCUUGGUUCAUUUGCCACUGAUUGUAACCCAAUGCUACAGAUUUCUCUGUAUAUAAAACCGUAACCAUGUCCCAUUUGCUUCCAAGAGCAUACAAUAAAGGCAUCUCUCUGUAAACAGGAA